GCUGUCGGAGACACUUUCAAAUAUAAAACAAUCGUCGCGUGAAAUUUAUUUACAUAUAUAUGUAUCUAGUUCAUCAUAGAAACUAUUGACGAUCUUCUUAAAUAUUCUGAUAUAUUCAUAUAUAUUAUAUAUUUAUAUAUAUACAUAUAUGAGGGGGCGCUAGGCAAAGUUCGUCAUUAAUUAUAAAUAAGAUGUCGUCAUAGAUCGCGAUAUUGUGAAUAUUCAAAAUAAAAAAUUGGUAUGGUCAAACUUGUAUUAUAAGGUUGUCUCAUGAUCUCAUGUCAUCAUCAAAAUUGCUGAGAGUAUUACUCAUGCUAAAGGUGAAGUGAGAGAGUUUCAAAACAUAAAAACGUAGAAGAAACGGCGGGAAACAUAAUAAAAAAACAAGUCUCUUUGAUUGCUUUCAAAGCUAAGAGAAGUUGCUACCGAAUAGACGAAUUUAAAGAAUUUUUAACAUCGAGCUGGAAUAAUAAAGCUCACCAUGGCAUCAACAUCAUCACUAAAAGUGUUUGCAUAUGCACUGCAUAUACUGUGUACGCUGCUGGGACUGGUUUUGAUUGGCUUUAGCGCAUACGUGGUGAUAUCCUACGAUCUCACCGACAAAAGUAAGUUUAUUGCGGCAUGUUAUGCAGUCGUUGGAGGAGCUGCUUUAAUCAUCGUUCUCUGGGGCUAUCUGGCUGCUUGGCGAGAGCAUGUUUGCUGCACCGUGACCUUUGCUGUACUUUUAUUCCUCAUAAUUCUGGUUCAGGGUCUAUUCUUAUACGUGGCUACUACAAAGGUGAACGAUUUUGCGACGGAGUUUGCUCAUUCCUUGGAAGUAACCUGGGAACAGGAGCUCGAUAGUCCUGGCGCCAUGUCAUUGUAUGAGAAUUGGUUCCAAUGCUGUGGUCGAGGAAGUCCUCAGGAUUAUGUUGUUAACGAACGUCUACCGCCAGCAUCGUGUUUCAGAGACCAUGACCAGGAAAAUCCCGAUAAUCUCAUCCAUAAAGGUUGCCGCAUCGAGUUUGAAAACUACUGGGUGCAUCUUCUGCAUAUUUUCAACAUCAUUGGCUGGGUGCUCGUUGCAGUUGAGGUGUUACUGAUUUUUGUCUCCUGUAGUCUGUGCAACAGUAUUCGGAAUGUUAGUCGACGCACUUAUUUUUAAGGAGAUGUUUGCUCUAAAAUGGCAUUUCUAUGAUUUAAAUGGCUCCAAUUACCUUACUCAAUGACGAUUAUUACUAUAUUAUUAUUUUUUUAUACGAAAUUUAUACCUCUGUGUUAAUAUGCUUUAGAAUAUAAUCAACUGUUACAAGCUCUCUCAUUUUUCGACUUGCAUUACAAUAUAUGACUUUGAUAUGUUUGCUUUUCGAUGUUGUAAGGGUAUUGUUGCAUUGUGAGCAUUUUUAAAACAGACAAACUUAGUUUUUAGUACUGUGAACUAACUUAUUAUGAAUUUAAUUUAUAAUAAAUACACAUGUUGUCAA